UGCAAUGAGUGUGGUGCACCGCUGGGGGCAGCAGCGCGCACUGACGGCGGCAGCAGCGCGCACUUUCGACCAUCAUUUCUCCCAGAAGAAGAAUCACAAACACCAAACAUGGCGGGGCACGAAAACCACCACAAAACAGAAAAUCUGGAACUUUCUCUCGAAGUUCCCUUCCCGUCCUCACACCACGCCACCAUCGCGCUGCGCUCCCUGAAUCCAGACCGCGAGCCGAGGAAAGGAGGCAUCAGCAAGAUUCUGUCGGUGUCUGGAAGGACGUUGUCCGCGAGGUGGAGCGCCGACGAAGCUCGGAUCCUCCGUGUGUCCGUCAACUCCUUCCUGGACAACCUGACCCUGGUGACGGAGACCAUGCAGAUGUUUCCCAUGGACACUUGAGCCAAAGGAAGGUCGUGUCCUCCAAACUCUGCCCUCUGUGGAGGUUACUUUGUGUCAUCACUACUAAAGCUUUGUUCUGACACUGAAAUAAUGUUUCUUUUGUUUACAUUUUGUGAACCAAAUUUUUUAGGCUGUAAGUCAUUGAAUAGAAAUGUGUGAGAAAAAUGUGUUUUAUAAUUCGGAGCACAAAUAUAUGUUGGUUCAAACCUCACCCGAUUGGCUGGUUCUGAGACAGGAUUGAUUGCUUCAUUCUUUGUUGUCCUAAAGUGAGUUUUGAAGCAACAAAUAUUUUUGCAAUUAAUUUAAAAAUAGCACUUUUUUUUAACCUCUUAAGGCCCAAGCUGUUUGUUUAAAUGCUUUUUUUUAUUUCUCUUUGCUAUUUGGGCUUAUUGGACCCUAGUGAGAAUAAAAAACUAAGAAUCAUCUUUUGAUAUGAUGUACUUAGUCCAUAAGUACACAAACUAGUGUACUUCAUGUUGAGUAACAUGCUAAUUCUUUAUUUUUACACUUUUUUCCCCCAAAUUCCAUUGUAUGUUAUACUCUUCUGACACCACCAGAUGGCAGUAUAAGUCCACAUAAGUGGCCAUAAGACCCCAAUUCAGUAGUGUACACAAUUUUGGAAAUAAGAGAUACAAAGGUGCUGUCCACACAUGUGGCCACUAAGCCUUUAGAGGUUCACACACAUUUCAUUCAAUGAAAUUGUCAGCUUCAUUUGAUGUGAAAAAUUCAGUUUACAUAAUUUAAACCCCCAAAAAACGUUUUGUAAUCGAGACACAAAUUAACCUCCAUGCACCUCCCUUUAAUUUGUCCUUCCUGCUCUCUGAUUUAAAAACAUUGACCAAUGAACUUAUUUGUUUACAACAACGUCAUCGCGGUUCAUGUGAAAGUGAACGCGGUGACAGUAACACACCAGCAGGGGGCGAGAGACGACAAAAAAUGUAUAGACUGGCUCAAUUUCAUUUUUAAUGCAUGGUCAAAAGUUGAUACUUGAUGAGUCAUCUUUAUUAUAGCUACAUAAAGUUUGUUGUUGUACGAUCUA